AUGACUCACAGUCCGGAUAGAGAUAUACAUAGGAGGGCUGCACAACACGCAUCCAUGCGUCAUGAACAGGCGCGUGUAGUAUCUCAGGUGACUGAUGGAGCUGUUGUUUCACCUGAUACACCCGCUCCAGCCGGGCCUUCUACAUUCAUCCUAGUUAAUGGGCUCUCUAAGUCUGUUCCAUUUGAUACACCCGCUCCAGCCGAGUCUUAUCCAUCUAUCCCCGUUGAGGGCCUUCCCCUGACGGGCGAUACAAGAUCUGAUGUGCCACUUCUGGCGGGACACGAGGAUGAGCCGGUGUCAGAGCCUAUCUGGUAUCCUGGCGGUCCUAUAGACGCAUCCCUUUUGAUAGGGUAUGUCGAUCAUGCAGCUAGGCGUAUAUGGGAUGGAGAGGAUAGGGAUCCACAGAGGUUCUACAACCAUGACCGGAAGAUUGCGGGUCUUGUGCAGCCUGACGAGCCGUGGUUCCAGGAUGUACUAGCAGCUUCUGGCCUGAGGGACCUCUGUCAGCAUGACGCCGAAUGGGGUUUCUUGCGAAGAUUAUUUGCUUGUCCCAAACCUUACGCCAAAUGGGGUUUGAAAGCUUAA